AUGGAGGACUCGUCGCGGACUGAGCAUCUGCAGCAGAUCGGAUCAGCAGAUUUAGAGGAGUCAAGAGAUACGGCAGAAACAGUCCCAUCUGAUGUUGAUGGCGCCAAAAACAGUGACGACACCGUUCGAGCCGUCAGAUAUCCUUAUCGAGAUGAGCAUAGCAAUGCCCAAGUGAUCACGACGACGGCCGACACACUACUCACCGACCUCUCUCUAUACGGCGGCAACGUCUCGGAAGGCCAGACCUAUGGCCGACUUCCAGCACAUCGACCCCUACCGUCAUCCUCGCCUUCGCCUAUGACACAGAGCCCGUCGUCCCAUAAUCCGUCGCCUUUGCAGCCAUUGUCCAGAUGGCAGCGUUCGGUGAUUGGGAGAGCAUGGCUACAAGGCAAAGGGAUGCUCAUGGUGGUUCUGUCACAGUACUUUGGCGCAUCGAUGAAUGUGAUGACGCAGAUUCUGGAAAGGGAUGGUGCCCAUGGAAAGGCCAUGCAUCCAUUUCAGAUCCUCUUCACUCGUAUGAUCCUCACCGCCACAGCCAGCUACUUCUACAUGUGGUAUGUGCGUGUUCCGGAUCCGUUCGGCACGAGGGGUAUCACAUGGUUGCUGAUAUUGCGAGCUGCUGGCGGCUUUUUCGGGGUUUUUGGCAUGUACUUUUCCCUACUAUACAUGCCCCUGUCGGAAGCCACGGUGAUUACCUUCUUGUCGCCAAUCGUGGCGUGCUAUGCGUGUUCCUUUCUGAUGCCCAAUGAGCCAUUCACUCGAAAACAGCAGCUAGCAGGUCUUAUUUCGCUAGUGGGAGUUGUGCUCAUUGCAAGACCGUUUUCUGGCGGGCGAAUCACAGGGGAAGUUGAAGUGCCCCCUGAAAUCUCCCCUGGAAAUAGCACGACGAUGAACAAUAAUAACAUGACCAUGACGCUGUCAGACAAUGAUAUAGCAGAGGGUCUAGGAGCAGUUCACCAUCUCAUGGCAAUAGGGUUUGGCCUGCUCGGGGUCUUUGGCUCUGCAUGCGCGUUUGUGACGAUUCGCCUGAUUGGAUCGAGGGCACAUCCGCUCGUCAGCGUCACUUACUUCUCUACCUAUACCACGCUAGUAUCGGUCAUUGCGCUAAUCGCGAUUCCGUCCGUUUCGUUUCGAGUUCCGGGUAACUUGACGGAAUGGGGUUUACUAAUCGGUCUCGGGGUGACGGGAUUUACGAUGCAGUAUCUACUCACUGCCGGGUUGGCGUAUCAACCACCGGUUUUUGGGGUCAAGCAGCAGCAGCAGCAGCAGCAAAAACAAGUGGGCAGCGGCACCCGGGCAACAUCAAUGGUAUACACGCAGAUGCUGUUUGCGCUAUUCUACGACAAGGUGGUGAUGCACAGUUCUCCCUCGGCAAUCAGCUGGGCGGGCUCCGGGCUUAUCCUAGGCAGUGCACUGUAUGUUGGGAUUAUUCGGGAUAAAAGUGCAGCGGAAGACGAAACAGAGCAAAGAAAGAAUGCAAUAGUAACUUCUGAUGGCGAUGAUAUGGAUGACAUGCGAGAUAUCGAGGAAGGCCGAGGGCUUUUGAUGGAGGAUAGGAGCGGCUCGUAG